CAUCGGUGGAACGACGGAGGGAGGGAGGUGGAAGAGGGAGAGAGCAGCAAGAGAGAGAGAGAGAUCCAGAGGAAGAGAGGGGGGCUUCCAGACUGGAUGGGCCCAGCAGUGCCUUGAUGGAGCAUGGGCCAGGUUCUAGGAUUCUCCCACUGCAAGGAAUAUGGUUCUGUCUCCUCCACACCUGAUUCAACACCUCCCUGCACUGACGGUGGGAAUGAGGAGUCUGAGCUGUACGACCUGCAGACAGCCAGGGAGUGGUCUGAUGAAGAAGACGGGGGUCCGGAGGAUGAUGACGGUGGAGCUUCAUCCCCCUCCAUUUGGGGGACCCCGAGACAGAACUCCUUCGAGCCCACCUUCUCCUACAUCGCCAUCGCCGAGGCCGAGGCAGGCGGAGCCUCACGACAUCAUCGUGACUCUUCGUCAGGGAGCCGGCGGAGGGGCGGGGCCAGGGGAGGCCGCACCUCCCUGAUCCGCACGGACACCGUGGAAUCGCUCCUCCCCCUGGACUCCCCCGACGUCGAGUGGGACCCCCACAUCUUCCUCACCCUAGAGGAUGAGGAGGAGAGGGAGAGGGAGGAAAGGGAGAGGGACCCCCACAUCUUCCUCACCCUAGAGGAUGAGAGGGAGGAAAGUGAAAGGGAUGUCCACAGACAGACUGUGACAGUCCAGGAUUCUCUCCUAGAUACUGAGAUUGAACCUCAAGAGAGGGACACAGAGACACAGAGAGAGGAGACAGAGCCCCUGGAGCCCCAGCACUACAGUCCCUCUGACAGCCACCAGGCAGCAUCACCAAUCCCUGAGCCUGAGUCCCUCGUAACCAUGGAAACCACCGUCCCACUGCUCACGGCUGUGCGACCAAGAGGCGGCCUCACCGAUGAUGUGUCAUCCACUUCCUCCACCUCCAUUGGUCGAAACACUCAGGAAGAGCUGGUUAGCGAACAGUGGUUUUCGGUGCUCAACCUAUCAGGCCCUACGAUAUGCACCCACGUAGCAGUGAUGGAUCUGAUCUACUGGAAGGACACAGAGCGUACAGGCAUGGUAUUCACCGGGCUGGUGGUGGGUUUGCUGUCCUUGUUCCAGCUCAGCAUCAUCACAGUCAUCUCCACCAUCUCCCUGGGCGCCCUGUGCUUCACCGUCUCAGUCAGCCUCUACUAUAAGAUCCUGCACGUGCUCAACAUGGGAGACGGAGUGCCCCCCUUCAAGGCGUAUCUAGAUUUGGAUAUCAGUUUCAGUGGGGAGCUGGCUGACCAAUACACGCAGAAGGUCAUCGUUGCAGUCGUCUCUGCUGCUAACUCACUAAAGAAUAUCUUCCUGGUUGGAAACCUCUUCGACUCUCUCAAGCUCCUGGCUCUGAUGUACCUGGUGACUUUCCUGGGAGACCUGUGUAACGGCCUUACUGUGCUCAUCAUUGGUGUGAUCGCUCUAUUCUCUCUACCGCUGGUCUACAGGCAGCACCAGGCAAAAGUGGACGGCUUCGUUGCGGGAAUUCAGGCCAACGUUGACAACGCCAAGGAUAUUCUCCACAGAAUUGCCCAAGGUGGUGGUCCCACCCCUGAUACAACCCCUGGCGGUGCCAAGCCCAAAACACAAUGAAGAGUCAUGGCGGACAGGAGAGGAGGAUGAGGAGCAGAGAAGAGGAGGAGUUACAGGCUGUCACUCAGAUGUCUUACUCAGCAGUCUGGAGUU